GGGUUUCUAAAUAGAUGAAGACUGAAAGCUAGAACAUUAUUCACUGCAGAACUUUGCCGAUAGUGGACAUACUGUCAUUCAAGAGUAGUGGAAUUUUCUACCUGUGCGCUUUAGUUGUGCUUUGAACUCAGUGUAAACAGUGUGUGCUUGUAAAGUGCAGUAGCAGCCCUUCAAAUCCUCCUGGCAUACACUGUACAUGUACAAGUAUUUAAUGUCAACGAUACUUGGUGACCGAACAGCAGAGAACGAUCCACCAGAGAUGUCUGCUUCGGCCGGGAAGGAAAGCGGCAAGGCUCCGCCCAGCCAGGGUGUGGCCCCGCCCAGCCAGGGCGUGGCAGCUGCUACAUCCAAUGGGAGUGCACCCCUUAGCAGGAAGUCGAUGGAUACGUCCCAGAAGAGGGUGCUCUUUCAGAUCUCUGAGGACUCAACGAUGGACGAUUCGCCCCCUCAGACGCCCAACAACAACGGGGAGCUUUCGGACAGCGUCUUCACGGCGACAGAGACGGGAGCAAGCAACGGCAGUGAUGUGGGAAACCUCAAACAGAAGAAACCUGGGAGUCCAGGGAAAGAUGCAGCCAAGUCCAGGUUUAGUGCCCUUGGCGCCCCUCACCUAUGCCACCUCAUCUCCUCUGUAAUGUCAAUGUCACCGGAGAACUUUCGACACAGUAUGUCCGGUAUGAACUUGGUGGAGAUGGAUAGCGGCCGACGCCCGGUCAACAAUCGGGAAUGGCGUCAGGGCCGCAGGGACAGCAAGGAUUUUUCGGUGGCUACGUCUCCGGAGUUUGUCAAGAAAUAUGGGGGCGACUUUGUCAUCACGAAGGUUCUUAUUGCUAAUAACGGAAUCGCUGCCGUCAAGUGCAUGAGGUCCAUCAGACGAUGGGCAUUUGAAGUCUUCAGGAACGACAAGGCCAUUAAGUUUGUUGUCAUGGUAACGCCAGAGGAUCUUAAUGCGAAUGCAGAGUAUAUCAAGACGGCUGACCACUAUGUACCGGUACCGGGCGGGUCCAAUAACAACAACUACGCCAAUGUGGAGCUCAUCGUUGACAUAGCAACCCGUAUGCAGGUGGAGGCGGUGUGGGCGGGGUGGGGCCAUGCCUCAGAGAAUCCUAAACUGCCUGAGAUGCUGCACAAAAGCGGCAUAGCUUUUAUAGGACCGCCUGAGAAUGCUAUGUGGUCGCUGGGGGACAAGAUAGCAUCCUCCAUCGUAGCCCAGAGCGCUGGGGUACCUACCUUGCCUUGGAGUGGGGAUGGUUUGACCAUCGAGUGGUCUGAGGAAGACGCCAGGAGCGGUAAGAUCUUGACCAUUCCCAAGGAGCUCUACCGCAAGGGAUGUGUGGAGGAUGCAGAGGAAGCCUUGCAGGCUGCAGAAAGGAUUGGAUUCCCCGUUAUGAUCAAAGCUUCUGAGGGAGGCGGCGGGAAAGGUAUCAGGAAGGCAGAGGCCCAAGAUGACUUUGCUAGCCUCUUCAGGCAGGUGCAGAAUGAAGUGCCAGGCUCCCCCAUCUUCGUAAUGAAACUGGCCAAGAGUGCUCGCCAUUUAGAAGUGCAGCUGAUGGCAGACAAGUAUGGAAACGCCAUCUCCCUCUUUGGUCGAGAUUGCUCCAUCCAGCGUCGUCAUCAGAAAAUCAUUGAGGAGGCACCGACAACCAUCGCUAAGGAUGACGUCUUCAAACAGAUGGAGAAGGCUGCUGUAACCCUGGCCAAGAUGGUAGGCUACGUGAGUGCAGGAACAGUGGAGUACCUCUACAACGAUGAAGAUGGAACCUUCUCUUUCCUUGAGCUAAACCCCCGUCUCCAGGUGGAACAUCCCUGCUCAGAGAUGGUUGCUGGGGUCAAUCUACCAGCCUUGCAGCUUCAGGUUGCAAUGGGGAUUCCCCUCAAUCGGAUCAAAGACAUCCGGGUCUUGUACAGUGAAAGCCCCUGGGAAAACACGCCCAUCAACUUUGACAAUCCUCCUGUACCACCCUCACCCAAGGGCCAUGUGAUUGCUUGCAGAAUCACCAGUGAAAAUCCAGAUGAGGGUUUCAAGCCCAGUGCAGGCACGGUGUCUGAGCUCAACUUCCGCAGCAGCAAGAAUGUCUGGGGUUACUUCAGCGUGGCGGCUGCGGGAGGGCUUCAUGAGUUUGCUGAUUCUCAGUUUGGACAUUGCUUCUCCUGGGGAGAGGAUCGAGAAGUUGCCAGAGAGAACAUGGUAGUGGCUUUGAAAGAGCUUUCGAUCCGAGGAGACUUCCGGACGACGGUAGAAUACCUAAUCAUGCUGUUAGAGACAGAUUCUUUCCAGAUGAAUGAGUUCGAUACUGCCUGGCUCGACAAGCUCAUAGCAGAGAAAGUACAGGCAGAGAAGCCAGACGCAAUGCUCGGUGUCAUCAUAGGGUCUAUUCACAUUGCUGAUGCUUCCAUCAAUGAAAGCUUCUCCAACUACCUCGCCAACCUUGAAAGGGGCCAGGUCCUACCUGCCAGCACCCUAAGCAACAGCCGGGAGGUGGACCUCAUCCAUGAAGGCAACAAGUACGUCACUGAGGUCACACGACAUGGACCCAACAGCUACCACCUGUGUCUUAACAAGUCUACCGUAGAGGCAGAGAUCCAUAGGAUGCCUGAUGGAGGUCUCCUAGUCUCCUAUGAUGGCAGCAGCUACACCUCGUACUUAAAGGAACAGGUUGAUAGUUACCGCAUCACCAUCGGCAUUCAGACCUGUAUCUUUGACAAGGAGAAUGACCCGACAGUCCUGCGUUCGCCAUCGGCAGGCAAGCUCAUCAACUUUGUGAUAGAGGAUGGAGAUCACGUGUACGCGGGUCAGCCGUACGCAGAGAUUGAGGUGAUGAAGAUGGUGAUGAGUCUGAGGGUCAAUGAAACAGGAUGCAUCCACUACGUGAAGCGUCCUGGAGCUGUCUUAGAUCAAGGAAGCAUUGUGGCCAAACUAGUACUGGACGACCCAAGCAUAGUUCAGAAGGCCCAGCUGUACACAGGGAAGUUUCCUGAAGCCACAAACCAGCAGACUGUGGGUCUGAAGCUCAACCAGAUGUUCAGGAAGACGAAAGAAUGCGCAGAGAACAUCAUGAAUGGGUACUGCCUUCAGGAGCCCCACUUUACCAAGAAGUGUAACACGAUCACUGAUCAGUUGAUGUCAUCGCUGCGAGACCCUGUGCUACCUCUUCUUGAGAUGCAGGAGAUGAUAGCCAGCAUCUCAGGGCGUGUCCCUAACACGGUGGAAGCAGACAUCAGGAGACUCCUCAAUAACUACAGCAGUAACAUCACAUCGGUCCUCUGCCAGUUCCCAAGUCAACAGAUUGCCAAUGUGUUGGAUCGCUAUGCAGCUACCAUGCUUCAUAAGAAAGCAGAAAGGGAUACCUUCUUCAUGCAUACUCAGGGAAUCGUGCAACUUGUACAACGCUAUCGGAACGGAAUCCGGGGCCACAUGAAGGCUAUCAUCCAGGAGAUGCUGCGGCACUACCUUGACGUGGAGAAACGCUUCCAGCACGGCCCCUAUGAUAAGUGCAUCUUUGCCCUCAGGGACGAGUUCAAGGGGGACAUGGCAACGGUCUUCAAUAUCAUCUACUCGCAUUUUCAAGUCCAGAAUAAGAACAAGCUCGUCGUUGGACUCAUUGAUCGUUUGAGCAGCCGUGAGUCGGGUCUCACCGACGAACUCACCCAGAUCUUGAGCGAGCUCACCACACUCAACAAGACAGAGAACUCCAAGGUGGCUCUACGAUCACGCCAGGCCCUGAUCGCCGCCCACCAGCCAUCCUACGAGCUCCGUCACAACCAGGUUGAAUCCAUCUUCCUCUCAGCCAUUGACAUGUAUGGACACCAGUACUGCCCUGACAGCCUCAAGAAACUGAUCAUGUCUGAGACGACAAUCUUUGACGUACUACCAGACUUCUUCUUCCACAUGAACUCAGUUGUCCGACAGGCUGCACUAGAGGUCUACGUGAGACGUGCAUACAUUGCCUAUGACCUGAACUGUCUCCAGCAUGCAAUGCUCUCCAAUGGUCUCUGCUUUGUGGAAUUCCAGUUCAUGCUCCCAUCUUCUCACCCUAACAGGUUCCUAAUCACAGACAGGGGCCACAAUGUCCCCGGCACUAAGAGUGUCAAAAAGAAAAAGUCUAGCUCUGGUUCCAGAGGAAAAAACAACCGUGUGAUCAUCAAGUCUCCCAGGUCAGAUGGCCUGCCGAGGGUGGCUAGCAUAGGGGAGGAGCUGAUGGGGGGAUACUUGCCCCCCUGCCAGCGCACCGGUGUCAUGUGUGCCUUCUCCAGUAUAGGGGACUUUGAGAAGUCCUUCGAUGAGGUCAUCGACCGCUUUGCCGACAUGCAUCUCAACUUCUCACAUGGUGUCGAUGCAGACAACAAUCCCGAGCACAACUGUGAGAUCGAUGAACCCAUCCACAUUGUCAACAUUGCAAUCCAGUACAAGGAGCUUAAGAGUGACAAGGAUCUCGCUGAGAUGUUCCUGGGUUUCUGUCGAGAAAGGAAGCAGCAACUAUUUGAGAGGGACAUCAGACGAGUCACAUUCGUCGUCUUCCAGAGAAGGGAAUUCCCCAAGUACUUCACCUACCGUGCCAGGCUCGAUUUCCAUGAAGACCACAUCUACCGGCAUCUAGAGCCUGCCCUGGCCUUCCAGCUCGAGAUCAACCGAAUGAGCAACUUUGAUCUACAUCUCAUGGACAGAGCUAACUACCGCAUGCAUCUCUACCUGGGCUCAGCUAAGUUCAUCCAAACUCCUCCUGCCGUGAGAGACUACCAUGCUGGCAGCGCUGAUCACAUACCCCGGCCCCCUGACCUGCAUGUGGAGAAAGGUCAAGAGGUCACUGACUAUCGGUUCUUCCUGAGAGCGAUCAUCCGUCACUCAGACCUAGUAACCAAGGAAGCCUCGUUUGAGUAUCUUCAGAAUGAGGCCGAGAGGAUGCUCUUGGAAGCUCUGGAUGAACUGGAGCUGGCCUUCACCCAUCCUGAUUCCAAGAGGACAGACUGCAACCACAUCUUCCUGAACUUUGUACCCACGGUGUACAUGGACCCUGUGAAGGCUACAGAUGGCCUGCGUAACAUGAUCAGCCGCUACGGCACCAGGCUCUGGAAACUACGCAUCCUACAGGCAGAACUCAAGCUUAAUGUCAAGCUGAAUGCACACAGUCCUCUGCUACAGAUCAGAAUCUUUGUGACUAACGAGUCCGGGUACCGCCUGGACAUCAGUACUUACCGUGAGGAGACCGAUCCCUCUACAGGUCUGGUGAAGUUUGUGUCGUACGGCACGCAGAAAGGAGUUCUUCAUGGUCGACUGAUCAACGCUCCUUACAUGACCAAGGAUCAUCUACAGCUCAAGAGAUACCAGGCACAGAGUCUGGGCACAACCUACGUCUAUGACUUCCCAGAGAUGUUCAGACAGAACCUAGCCAUUCUGUGGGAGCAGCACAAGAAGCAACAUCCCGACGUUGAGAUUCCAGAAGAAAUAAUGAUAGGUCAUGAGCUUGUGCAUGAUAGGAACAAUGAGCUGCAGCACAUGAACAGAGUACCAGGAGAAAACACUAUUGGUAUGGUUGCCUGGCAGUUCACUUUCCUCACCCCAGAGUACCCCAAGGGUCGGGAUGUUGUCAUCAUCGCAAACGACAUCACCUGCAAGAUAGGAUCCUUCGGUGUGGAGGAAGACAACCUCUUCCAGAAAGCUUCAGACCAUGCAGUAGACAAGGGGAUUCCCCGUAUCUACAUCUCUGCCAACAGCGGAGCAAGGAUUGGAUUGGCUGAUGAGGUCAAAUACCUGUUCAAGGUCGCAUGGGAAGAUCCAAAGGAACCAGAGAAGGGAUUCAAGUACCUCUACCUCACACCAAGCGACUUCAAGAAGCUGACUGCUCUGAACUCAAUCCGAGCAGAACACAUAGAAGAAGAUGGGGAAUCUCGCUACAAGAUCUCAUAUAUCAUAGGCAAGGACGAAGGAUUAGGUGUUGAAAACCUGAGAGGAAGCGGGAUGAUCGCAGGAGGGACAUCAAGAGCCUAUGAACAGAUCAUCACACUCAACAUGGUCACGUGCAGAGCCAUAGGUAUUGGAUCCUACGUAGUGCGUCUUGGUCAAAGGAUCGUCCAGAAUGAGAACUCUCACAUCAUCUUGACCGGAGCGGCUGCACUGAACAAGGUGCUAGGUCAGGAGGUGUACACGUCCAACAGCCAGCUAGGAGGGAUCCAGAUCAUGCACAACAAUGGUGUGACGCAUGCAGUCUCAAGGGAUGACUUUGAAGGGGUCGGGACGCUCUUGAAGUGGCUCUCCUACAUGCCGAAGGCUAAGGACAGCCUCGUACCCAUCAUACCGAGCGCAGAUCCCAUUGACAGGGAGAUUGAUUUUGUCCCUUCAAAGACACCAUACGACCCUCGUCACAUGCUUGCUGGCCGGCCUAACCCAGAUAAGAGCAGUGAGUGGCAGUCAGGAUUCUUUGACAAGGGAAGCUUCAUGGAGAUCAUGGCACCUUGGGCCCAGACCGUGGUGGCAGGGAGAGCCAAAUUGGGAGGCAUUCCAGUUGGGGUCAUCGCCGUGGAGACCAGAUCAGUGAAUAUUGAGAUCCCUGCUGACCCAGGCAACCCUACAUCAGAAGCAAAGUCCAUUGCCCAAGCUGGAAUGGUGUGGUAUCCUGACUCAGCCUUCAAGACUGCACAGUCCAUCAAAGACUUCAACAGAGAAGGGUUACCUCUCAUUGUCUUUGCCAACUGGAGGGGUUUCUCAGGAGGAAUGAAAGACAUGUACGAGCAAGUGCUGAAGUAUGGAUCUUAUAUCGUUGAUGGUCUGUGUGAGUACAAGCAGCCCGUCAUGGUCUACAUCCCACCCUUCGCUGAGCUGAGAGGAGGUUCCUGGGUGGUGAUUGAUCCGUCCAUCAACCCUAAAUACAUGGAGAUGUAUGCAGACCAGGACAGCAGAGGAGGAGUCCUGGAGCCUCAGGGUACGGUGGAGAUCAAGUUCAGAAAGAAGGACCAAGUGAAGGUUAUGAGACGCAUCGAUCCGGUCUGCUCCUCUCUCAUGGAGAAACUGGCCAAUCCAACGCUCACUAAAGAUGAAAAGACUGCACUUACCAAACAGCUGACAGAGCGAGAGGAGGCCUUGCUGCCCAUCUAUCACACCGUUGCCGUGACCUUUGCUGACCUCCACGAUAGGGCAGGUCGCAUGCAAGAGAAAGGAGUCAUCUCGGAAAUUCUGAAAUGGAAGCAGUCUCGGACGUUCUUCUACUGGAGGUUGCGCCGUCUCAUCCUGGAGCAUGCCAUAGUGAAGAGGAUCUCUACCUGUAACCCCAAGCUUUCUCAUGGUGAGAUCCAGUCCAUGCUCAGGAGAUGGUUCGUCGAGGACCAGGGUACCGUCAAUUCCUAUCUAUGGGAAGAUAACAAGGCAGUGACGAACUGGUUAGCAGAACAUGAGAAGAAGGAGAAAGAGACGAAGACCUCCUUCCUGAUGGAGAACAUCAAAUCAGUGAAGAGAGAUAGCAUCAUGCAGCAAAUCAGAGAGCUGGUCAAGGAGAACCCUGAUGUUGCCUUAGAUUCUAUCAUCCACAUCUCCCAGCAGAUGACAUCCAGUCAGCGUACAGAGGCAUCUAGAAUCCUGUCCUCCAUCGAGCACAAAUCCAACUGAGGCAAUGUGGUCCCACUACCCCCGGAGGAUGACUGGACUGUGUAACCAUGGCAAUGAGAAUCUUACCUUCCGUAGAACAUUAUUCCAAAUGAGAUGAUGUCCCUGCAUGUUAACUGUACUGUGUAACCAUGGUAACAGAAAUAACACUGCAACAUCCAAAUUCUGCACUUCUCAGGAUCUUCGUCAUUUAGAGAUUUGUCUGACAACAGGUCCUAGAGCAUCCUGUCUUGAGAUGCCUAAGAUGGAACAUGGUGACUAAAGGUCAUCUUGUGAUGGUAGUAAUCCAGAGAACCAUCAUGAUCAUCCUAUUGAUGGAGCCAUGGAGCCUUCCAAUAUUGCCCACAUGAAUAUAUAGCAUGUGGGACUAAACAUGGUAAUGUUGUUCGAUGAUACCAGGUUUCCAAGGUUUGCGAACAUGAGUUUCACGUAGGCUGGGAAUUUCUAUAAGUCAGCAAUAAUAGUAUAAGUGACUUCCCCUCAUGUUAUGUGAUCUACAAAUACACAUGAGCAAGUUUUUACAAAAGUUUACAGACUGUAAGUACGCGUACCUUACUCCGUAUUACAAUUACAUAUUCAGGAUGUGUUUUGUUCUGUAAUAUAUAAUGCAUUUUCUUUAAGGUGGAUUUAGAUGUUGCUGUUCUUUGCACACCAUUUUAGGGCAUCAGGAAAAUGUUGGUGCAAAUUAAGUUCAAGUCGAACAGAUUUUCAUAGCGAGGCUUGCAUGUACGUGUCAUCAUGUGCAAUUGAUAGUGAUGGGGCUAGGUUGGAUAACUGUACAUGAACAUGACCUUUAAAGAGAAGGUUGCGUUCUAGAAAAGGUGAAUUAUUUGUGAGCUUUUUCAUUCUUUUUGUGUUUAAUAGUGUGGAAAGUUUUCAUAGAAAAUGUUUCCGCUGAAAAUAAUCAUGGCUCUCCUAAUGCUCUCAUAUUCAAAUUUUCGAAAUAUGGCAAGGAACGGCUAAAGGAUGUUGACUACCCUUUCUUGUGAUAGGUUUGUUAAUGAUUUAGAGGUAAAUUCAUAUAUUUUGGGGAUAUGACCAAACAUUUCGAGAUGUUGUUGGCCAAAUGUUGCCAUAAACAUGUAUGUACUGUACCAGACCCACGUUGAAUAACUAUCAUAGUGAGAAACCCAUAUUUCUUCUCCACCCACCCCCCCCCCCCCCCCAAAAAAAAAAAAGUGAGUGGGGUUGGGAGAUGAGCUGGCUUUUUAAAUCUGUAAAGACCAUAGACUUAUCUAAAAAUAUAAACAAAACAAAAUGAGACAAAUAUAGUUACAUACAUGUAUACAUGUCUCCUCCCAUCUAAUGGGGGUAGUAUUUAUGUAGUAUUCAAGUUUUCAUUAUGCCCAUGAAUGUAUAUGCAUGUACAUUAUGAUUUUCCGUAAUAUUGACCUCUGAUCUUGACAUUUCAACAGGAAGAUUUAGGACAGUACUGUUUUUUGGACAUGAUCCUCAGGGAAUAUGAUUUUUUGUUAAACAUUUUGUAAUGGUCAUAAUUUAUUGGAAUCACUUAGUGAACAUCUGCAUAUUAAUGUGCAAGUAGAGUGUAGAUUGUACAUGUAAGCAAUGAGCAGCAUUAUGAUAUCACUUAAAAGUGGCAAUUUGUAAUCUAUUGUGUUGUUUUAAUACGAUUAAUUAGUGCAAGUAGGAUAAAAUUGGAUUAUCUACACCUACAUGUAUACCUACAUGUACACCUACAUGUACAUGCAACAAAAUAGUGCAUUGUAAAUGUACUAAUGGACAUGGGAUGUUCUUUUGUUAAGUUUGUGAAUCGAUGUUCCCUUUAAUUUAGUUCAGUUUAAUAGAAUGUUUUUUAUAGCUCCUAUUCUUACCUGUUUUCAAAUCCUUAUCAUAAUGCAGUGGGAUAUAUGCAAAUUGUAUGCAGGCCAGUAUUGAAACUAAUGUACAUAAAUAGACUAACUCUGUAUUUGGCCUUUCGCCUGGAUGAACCACUGGACUGCCAUAUUUAGUAUAUAACACACAUGUACUGAAUGUGGGCAAAUAGUUGGCUGUGACACUCCGCUGGUUGUUCCACUGGUCGACCAAAGCUUGUGUAGAGUUAAUGUAAAAAGUUGUGGAUUGAAAGAUUUUAUUGCUAUGAAUUUAUUGCUGUGAAUUUAUAAAAUGAUCAAAAAUGUAUAUUAUGUAUAUUGAGUAGUAUUGCAGAGAAUGAUUGUGACUGACUUUUAUACUUUUUUUAAAGAUAUAAUUUGAUUUAUGAACAAUUUUCAAUGAAGCAGCUUGGAAAAGGAUGUUUUACAGAUUUUGUUUCCAAAACAAGAGAUAUUGUACAUGUAGAUUCUAUUAUAUUUUCAUGACAUACAUUGUACACACACAUGUAUCAUUAUGUGGGUCAAACUCACCAUAUAAUGCAGUCUAUUAUGUGACACUGUACAGGUGCGUUACAUGUAUGUGUAUCUUGAUACAUCCUGCCUUGCUAUACUUUGCAAGGCAGAAAUGCAACUAAAUGUAGUUGGGAUUUUCUACUGUGCACUUACAUAAUAUGCAUUGAUAAACCAUUUAUGGAUUUGGUUGUAAUUCAUAUGAAAAUGUGCAAUUUUAUUAUAUUUCUAUUCAAUCUUACUACAUUAUCGGAGAGAGAGGGUGUAUUUUGUAUAUUUUUAGGGUGGUUGUAAUCUACUAUACUAUAAAAGGGUUUCUUUCGUCAGUCAUUUGUAAUAUUUAGUCAAGUACUAGCCGGGAAACUCGUAGAUAAACUAAGGACUUUUUAAAGGCUGGGUACUGUACUGACAUCACUACGACUGCCGUCAUGUAUUCAAUUGGCCAUCUUUCGGUGAACGCAUACAUAGAGCGAUUUUGGUUCCUGUACCCAAGCAUCGUCACGCAUGCAUCAUGAAGUUGGUGAUGCAUUGUGGGACCAGGCCGUCGAUACAUUGGGGCAUUGUAAUCAGCAGAGGGCAGUAUACAUAAACCUGAAGUGGUGUGAGUAGAAUGCCUUGCCUUUAUAUGGUACAAAUAUCUGUACCUCCACACUGUAUUAUUGACCAAAAUACAAAUAUAUAUAUGCAUGAAUAUUCAUAAAAUGGGUGGUUGAGGAAAUUAAAAAUGUAUUUUCAGUAUUCUUUGAUUGAGAUAUGAUAAUUGAAAUUGGGAAUAACUGAUUUGCAUAAUUUAGAUUUAAGCAAUGUUUUUCAUACAUGUAUGUUGUUGAUUGGAGAAUGAAUUUUUAUUUGAAUAAAAUUCAAAUUGAUGCAUAAA